UAAUGACUGUAUAAUUUUAUUUAUGUUCUGACCUAUCAUUCCAGAUUAGAUUUCAAUUUUUACUAUUACGCUAUUUGUCGAUACCAAGUAACGUGGUAUGGUACUUAUAAACAAUUAAAUAAUUAGUUUUCAUAUCUUAAUAUUAGUUUGGAUCAAAUUAAAAUUUUUAUGAUCACAUAUACGCGAGAUUUGAUUAUGUUUUUUUCAUUGUUGCGCACAACAAAUAGUUUUUUUUCUUCAAAUUCCAUUUGUUAGUUCUUGUUUUUUAUUAUUUCAUGGUGCAUAUAAUUAUACGUUUACGUUGUAUGGAUAUGAAAUACACUGCAUAGCCAUAAUAGGCGUACAUAUUGAUGAUCAGAUAAGAUAAUGAGAGGCAGGAAUUUGUUGCUCCGAAAACUCGAAUGAUGUGUUAUAGGAAUACUUAUUCGUACAAUUAUUUGAUACUUAUUUCGCUUAUUCAUUUUUAGAUGUACCUAUAAAUUUCUCUGUAAUAAUCAUGGUCGAAAAACAAAAAAAAUCAUAUUCAAAUAUGUAUAUAUUUUCAAAACUUGUUUCACUAGAUGUAUAAUAAUUCAUUGUCACAUAAUUCAAAUGUAUUGUAUGGUUUCGAAAUAAUAAAUUUAUCAAGUAUUUCAAAAUUAUUUUUGGAGUAAAUUGAAAGCAAUUACUAUGGUGGGAUUUUAUGAGAGUCCCUAUGAUCCCAAUUCGGUCUCAAAUCUUACAAAAAGGAAAUUACUCUUGUCUUGUUUUAAAAAAUGAAAAUAGGAAUUGAUGUGAAAGCUACACUCAGAUAAUAUAUCAUUAUUCAUACAUAAAUUCUGGAUCAUUUUCUACAGCGAUAUAAAAGAAGCGUGAUAGUCUGCACAUUAUUAUUCACUGCGAGACAGUUCAUUCGUUAUACUAAUUGUUUGAAAAUCUGGGCUGGUGACAUAUUUUUUCACUAAUUAUCUGAAGUGGUAUAAACAUUGCGCAGACAGAGGAGGAUUACCAGGCCCAUCCAUGUGUACAUUGUACAUCUUGAUGGCACCGGUUGUUGACGCACCAGAUCUGUGAUGAGAAUCAGGUGUGUUCCGCUCUGGACAAGCGUGAAGCUACAUCAGCUGCUGCCACCCAAUUACUGUGUGGCUUGCUGUUUUUUAAACUCUUUUUCAAUCAAACACAGGCACGUGUAGAGUCAUUAACGUAUUAGACCCGUUGCAACUAUUAGUGGUGAUUUAUUUAUAUGGUGAAAUGAUGAAGAAUAGAGUUCAUCAGGGAGCUUCUUGCUUGACUAAGCUCGCUGGUAAAUCUCGUGGCCACAAAGGUAAAUACAGCUGCAAAACUUACAAACAGAUAGUCAUGGAACACUCCGAUUUAGUGGCCGAAAUGAUACACAUCGAGAGGCUCACUACUCAGGAGAGGCUGCACUUGGCCAGACAUCGGAGGGUUCAGCAGCUUAAGCAAUGGCGCCAUAGAGAAAAGGAGUGGCUGCGACACCAGCAUAAGCACCCAAGCAACAAACGUCACAUAUUCUUCAGCGAUAGCGUAAUGCUCUUGGAAGCUGCAGCGAGAAACGACAUAGACGAAGUGAGGAGGCUUUUAAAAAAGGGUGUGAAUCCUGAUUCUACAAAUGAAGAUGGACUAACUGCCCUGCACCAAUGUUGUAUCGAUGAUAAUGAAGAGAUGAUGAAAAUACUUGUCGAGUUUGGAGCAAACGUGAAUGCAGAAGACAGUGAGAAGUGGACACCACUCCACGCAGCAGCUACUUGUGGCCACCUGCAUUUGGUGCGGUACCUCAUUGCAAGGGGUGCAAAUUUGCUGGCUGUCAACGCCGAUGGAAAUAUGCCUUAUGAUAUAUGUGAAGAUGAGAAAACACUAGACUGUAUAGAAGGUGAAAUGGCGCGACGGGGCGUUACACAAGAGCUGAUAGAUGAGACUAGGGCCGGAACGGAAGUACAGAUGCUACGAGAUCUUCAAAAAAUAGCUUCGCAAGGUGGCGACCUCGAAUACACCGAUCAUCAAGGUGCAACACCUCUUCAUAUAGCAGCAGCAAAUGGCUACCUUAGAGUAGUUGAAUUCCUCCUUGAUCAACAUGUAUCAACAGAUGUCAUAGACAAUGACAAGUGGCAACCAGUUCAUGCGGCUGCUUGCUGGGGACAUCUGGAGGUGCUUGAAUUAUUGGUGCACAACGGAGCGGACUUGAACGCUAAAAACAAACAUGAGGAAACUCCUGCAGACAUCUGUGAAGAUCCUGAGCUGAGAGAGCGAAUAAUGGAGCUUAAAACGGAGCAGGAAAGUAAGAGACUUCAAGAAGCGCAGAAGAGAAGAGUACGCAGAUCUCAAAGCAUAAAUACACGCACGCAAAGUGUUCGUAGAACAUCCAUCAGGGACAAAGUCCUUACUACGAAAAAAGAUGCGCAGGAGGAAGCUCGACUCAGGCUACAGGCUCAGCAGACAUACGUUGGAACGCCCACACAGAAUGUGACACCUUCGGAGAAUAGUACAAAUAUGAUUGACGGCACGACCGAAGAUACAGAGUCUUCGAGUCUAACUCCCGCUGUUCGGAGAGGUCCUGAAGGGAAAGACAAUGAUUCUUUUCUACACGAAGACGUGGACAAGGACUCAGUCGCAGGGCCUGACCCGCCUGUCGGCAACCAGCAGUCCAUUUACACAGCCGACACCGAUGCUAAUGGCAAGAUCAACAUACACGUGUCUGUAGUGUUCGUCAAAUCUCUGUCGGACCUGAAGAAGCAGAGGGCCCAGAAUCGUCACACCCCCGCAAACUCUCUCGAUGCCAAUGGGAACGGGGUACCGACGCCCAUCUCCUCCAUAUCUGGUUCAGAAGUCAAUACCAGAGAUUUCCAGAGGUUCACCGGAAACACCAGUGACAUCGUUGGCGAUAGUCAAACAGAAAAAGGCUGCUGCGUCAUGAUGUGAAAUGUGAGUUUCACUAUUUUUCAAAGGCUGGAAAGUCUCUCCCGAUAGAUUUAAACUGUCCGUUAGUCGUCCCAAUCACAUCACCGAAUUUAGAAUGCAUAAAUUCUCUAUGGUACGUUCUUUCGAACGAUCCGUGUAAUCCGAAGUAUUUGUAAAUUGUAUAUGUUAGUCUCCAUCUUUUUGUUCUUUUAACGUAGAGUUUACUACGUCAUUUUUAUAAAAAAAAGUAAUUUCACAAAUGCCAAUGAGAAUAUCGUCUGUUUCCAUUCCAAGCAAUCGCUGUUCACCAUUUGUUAGCAAUGUUCUCGAUAAUCAUCCCUUAAAGUUUAAAUUAUAGCAAAACAAUCGCAGGUGAAAACUAUCAUUUCGUCUCCGAGGAUGUUAAAUUUACUAAUUAUCGCAGUUACGAUGUGUUAUGGUUGUUUACUGUUCAAUUGGUGUCAGCUUAUUUAUUGUUAAUAAGUUUUGCUAUUUAUUUAUCAUUAUUUCAUGUAACGCAUGACUGCUGAUCUCCACUUUGCCGGAGAACAGAUAAAAAUACCUCAAUUUUUGAUCGGUACUUUUCCCUAAAAUGUCCCUAAAAUGGUGAAACAACUUUCACUUUCGUUACCGUUAAACACAUAACUUGCUACCACACCUAUACAGUAUCCCAAAACCACGUCACAUGUACUGUACUCUGCAAUAACUAUUUGUUAAUUUAUUAUAGCAACAAUUUAUCCGGUUCAACCAGUCCCUGAUACCCUUUAAUUUUCAUUGCUGAAAAUUUUCUAAAUUUUUGGCAGUCUAGUCAUUAAAUGUAUUUCCGAUAAAAAUCAAAAACAUAAUCCUGCUCAAUCAAAGUUACAAUCUUAGAAUCCAUUGAUUUUGGAAAAUGAAGAGACUAUAAAUUCUUACGAGAUAAAAAAAAAAAAAACAGAAACACAAUUUACAAGGCUUGCAUUUUCUACGUCUCUUCUUUUGGGUUUCAUGCGUCGAUAUAUAUGUCAAUUAUUAACUGAACGAUGAACAACUGGUUAACGCAGACAGUAUUAUUGGUUUUUUUUUUCCAAUGCAAGUAAAACGUGUAUAAAAUUUUCCGCAGCUAUCGGAUCGAAUCCUGCAAGUUAUCAUUUUCACCUGUUCCAUACAAAUUACGGAUGAAAUGGAAUGGAAUGGGGACGAUAAACUUAUGAAAUAAUUUUAUUCGCGUCAAUUUUGCGGUAUAGUUACUUAUAUUCUGUAGACGUCUGCAAGCUAUGCUUGAAUUAAAUCCACAGAUCUACAGGUCUUAUCGACGAUCGUUGAGGUACUUACACGCUAUUGCGUAUAGUUUAAUUUUCCACUAAUGAAAUGGAGGUAAAACCAUUCCGUUUCAUCUAAAAUGCGGUAUCAUGGAGAAUACUUAAUUUAAUUAUUUUAGCUGUAUAAUGUACGUUAUUGUGUAGAUGUAAUUAUUUAAACUUGUAAAUGCUUUACAUUAUAUUGUAUUAUAUGAUUAUUUGAUACAAGUUUCGUUUAUUCUUUGUUUUUCAUACUUUUUUUUA